AUGGCUUCUACUCCCUCCAACCGGCUGAGGGUUACGCCAUCCAAUUCGCCAUUUCUCCCGCGGCCGCCAAGAUCUGCGCACCGUGGCCGAGCCCUCCCGGAGCCGCGCCUGUCCUUGAAGAGAGUGAUCGGCACUACCUGCGCCUCGCCUACGGGGUUCGAUGUCGCACAGUCGUCCUUCGCCUACGUCGCCGGAGGAGCUGUGGUGGUCGUAGAUGUGGAGGGCGAGAACUAUAACCAACGAUUCUUCAGGGCCCGACCAACUGCCGUCCCGCUCUACAGUACAUCGAACCUGGCGCAUUCCCAGUCCACUCCUACCACCACGCCGAAAGCCAAUGAUGGCAGAAAUAGGAUCAGGGAAUCUCCUCACGGCGCCGGAGACUGGGCGGACUCGCCCUCGUCCAAGACAUGGACAAGCCGGGAACGCAUCAAGGCCGCAACGUGCCUGGCAUUGAGUCGUGAAGGGCGCUUUCUUGCAGUUGGCGAGACGGGCUAUGCACCGCGUGUUCUCAUCUUUAGUCUGGAGGACACUUCAUCCGAGAGACCGCUUGUCUCCAUCAGCGAACAUCUGUAUGGUGUCAAGGCGGUAGCUUGGUCACCCGACUCCAAGUUCAUGGCAUCGCUAGGUUCGGCCAACGACGGAUUUCUCUACGUAUGGAGAAUCGACUCUAGGACGGGUGCCGCGAAGCUGUUUCAGCAAAAUCGUUGUACGUCAUUCAUACGGGGCAUGAUCUGGAUGGGCAACAACCUCAUCACGCUAGGUGUCCGGCAUGUCAAGGUGUGGAAAGUGGAGGAAGAAAAAGCUCCGUCUCCCACAAAGCAGCGAUUUGGGGCAGAUGUGGGUUCACCGGCUCAGCCGCAGAAGACACUGCCAGGUCGGAACACUCUGCUCGGAGAACUGAUAGAGGCAACCUUUUCGUGCGCGGCUGCGAUCGACGACAACAAAGCUGUCUUGUGUACCGAAGCUGGCGAGAUUUGUCUGCUGGACGACACAGGGAAGCAGUCCAAGUUGACCAAGAUCCUAGAAAUAGGCUUUGUGACGACUUGCGUCACCAUCAGGGAUCAAGUGAUUCAAGUUGGAGGCAAGACAGGCGACUUUUCAACUCUCGAUCUGAAGUUGUUUCUAGAGGGCACUGCGUCAUGUAUUUUGACAACCUCGAAAUCUUCAGUGGGACUCCUGGGCUUGGGAUUUUUACAGAACAAUCUGGUGACAGUUGACUCCGAGCACUCCAUUGAUAUAUGGAACACUUCCUACGUCCCUGGAGUGAAAGGUCAAAGUACUACUCGGGUUCAGAUCCCGGGCCACGGACAUGCAAUGCAUGGAGUCGGAGCAUUACCCCAGCCGAAUGCACCCAAUGCUGCAUUCUAUACGUGGUCUCGUUCCGGGAACAUUGUUCUCUGGGAUACCAAUGGUAACACUAAGGAGUCGUUUAAAAUACCUCUCGAAGAUGCUUAUUUCGAAAACGAGAGCGAUCCCGGCAACCAGAUGUCCGUUGUCAAAACAACCGAAGGCGCCAAAUAUUUCAUUACAGGCGACAAGCUGGGUAUCCUCAAGAUCACCGACUACGAAACAAAAGAGUGUGUUUUGGAGACGAAAGCCCAUUCCUCCUUUUGCCAGAAUAUCACGGUCUAUGAGGACAAAUCGAGAUUUCUCAUUGCUACUAGUGGCCGCGACCGGACUGCACAGUUAUUCCAAAGAACUUCAACAGGGCAAUUUGAACUUUUCCAGACGCUAGAGUUCCAGGCCAAAGUGAUACAAGUUUUGAUCCCAUCUGUGGACAAGGUAAUCACUUGUUCACUUGACAGAUCCCUGCAAAUCCACGAGGUGGUUUCGAAAGAUGGGAGCACACACGAGUUGGCGGUCAUUCCUAUUCGAUCACUACCCCUGAAGGCAUCCCCGACAUCCAUGACCACAACUGCAGACGGGAAGUCGAUCAUCGUGUCGCUGCUCGACCGUUCCGUUUGCGUCUUCGACAUCGAGACUGGAAAGCUGCUGAACUCUUUCAAGUGCACCGAUGAAUCUGGCGUUGAGUCUGUUGUACUUGACUCUCUUAUCCAACGACCUGCUACGGAAAAGGAGUCAGCCUUUCUGUUGGGUCUUUCAAACACAGACAAAUCAAUCAGAAUAUACGAUGCCGGCACUGGCAGUUUCCUAGACCGCGAAUGGGGUCAUACUGAAGCCAUCAGCGGCGUUACAUUGGUCCAAGAGACCGAAGGCGACAAUAAGGUCAUCAGCGUGGGUUCCGACGGAACUAUCAUGAUCUGGAAGCUCGAUUUACAAGAUCAGAUACCCAGCUCAGCUGAUCGCGAUCCAUCACCUGUCAAGGAUGGAUUAGCCGCUGUUAAAGCUCCCUUGAGGCGUGUUUUGUCAAAAGCUGAGCUGGCAGAGUUCCCUAGACCUUCAUCUGCAUCUUCUGGGCGCCGGUCACCACCCCGGACCAUAUCGAAACGGCGCUCUCUCUACAAUCUUAAUAAUUCCAACCUAAUCAGGACACCGGUGGCCCCUGCCCAGCUGAGCCCAUCUACUAUUGCUGAGGAUACACCAUCCAGGAGACCGUCUGCCAGCAGUCGCUCUGGAAGCCCACCUGUUAGUCCCAAGUCGCGGACGUCAAGGCGACCGUCGCUACCGGCUCUCAGGAAACCGAAGAGCAGCACAAAUCUUAGGGGAUUCGGGACCCUCAAUAUGGCUACUGAGCAGGUCUGCCGCACAUUGCGGUCGUACCGGAAGAAACUGGACUCGGGUGAUGCCGUCAGCGAGGACGUUUUGGCAGAGCUAGAUCAAGAGCUGCGGCUCACCUCCCUUGCCUUGGGCGACAGGGCCAAGCAAAGCCGGGAGAUGAGCAGCUCGUUGCUCGAUGGCCUCCUUGACCAGUAUUCGUCUCGUCUGAUGUCUAUGCUGGAUGACAAAUUGCGCCUGAACAGCCAGUCUUCGGGGCGAGAGGACACGGAAUCACCCGAGAACCUGAACCGACCCAGCUCCUCAGGUGCUGGAUCUACGUCGACAACGAGCUCCAACUAA